AUGUGGAGGUUAUAUAGAAAACAUGCAUACAACAUGAAUAAUCAAUUUUCUCACUACAGACAUUUAAGGAAAAAGUUGAAACCAACUGAAUGUUUUAUCCAUGUAGACUUUUCUGAAAAUUUUGUUGGAAAGAUGUCAAAAGAAAUUCAAAGCAUGCAUUUUGGAGCUUCACAACCACAAAUCACAUUGCACACUGGUUUCUACGAAACAGUUGGUAUGGAACGUCCUGUAUGUUUUAGCAGUGUGUCCAAUUCACUUGAACAUGGCCCAGCUGCUAUUUGGGCACAUUUGGAUCCAGUCCUGGAAGACAUCAAACAAAAUCAUCCAACAGUUACACAUUUACAUUUCUACAGUGAUGGACCUACAACACAAUACAGACAAAAGUGCAAUUUUUACAUGUUGUCAAGUGAAAUCUAUGAGAAAGGAUUUCAGGGUGCAACAUGGAAUUUCCAUGAAGCCGGCCACGGCAAAGGCAUACCAGACGGUGUUGGUGGGACUCUUAAGCAGACAGCCAACCGCAAAGUACGACAUGGUACUGAUAUUAUGCAUGCUGAAGAUUUUGUAACAGUUCUACAAAAAGCAUGUCCAUCUGUUAAACUUUUCCCGAUAAAACCAAGUAACAUUUCAGCAAAGGAACUGAAAAUAAAGGCACUGAGCUUGAAGACUGUACCAGGUACCAUGAAAAUACAUCAGAUUGUGACAACCUGUCCAUACAAGAUUACAUACUCUGGCGUAAGCUGUACGUGCUUAGAAGAAACAUGUACUCAUCAUAAGUUCCAAACCUUCACAUUCCCCAAACCCUGCAAACAGCAGAAUGAAGAGCAACAGCCCAAGACGAGGCAUGCCCAACGAAAACAAGCUAGGAAGAAACGGCCAUCAAAUACACCAUCAAAUCAGCUAUCCAAUAAGUCAGCUCAGAAUGACACAGAAGACUAUACUAACCUGUUUGAAAACUAUCUGAAGAGCUUUCAGAGAUGUAAAACAUAUUCUGAUCUUGAAGCACUUUGCAGUGGCAUUCAUCUCCCAGACAUAACAGGUUCGGCAAGAGAUAUACGAUCAAAUGGACUCAUUGUUGACUACAAUUCCAACCAAUUGUGCCCAUCAGAUGUUCCCGGUGAUUCAAAUAGAUUCCCUGUUUCUGUAAAGGCAAAUGGAGAAUGCUUGCCUGCAACAGGGAGUGUAUUUGCAUUUGGAAAUGACAAUUCAACUACAGAAAUACGAACAAGAAUUGUGCUUGAGCUUGUGCAGAAUAAACCCUUUUACCUUGAUGAAUCAAACCUAACGAAGGGCAUGCCAACUGUUGGCAAACCAGCAAACACAAUCAAAGCUUUUGCAAUGUACUCCGGUGAGUACAUCCCCGGUAUUCACCUUACAGAGAGGACCAUAGAGACAAUAUCUGAGCAAGAAGUUCUGAAAAGUGUGAAACCAAAAACCUAUAUGGGUAUUUGGCAGAUGUGCGCCCUUUCUAGUGUGUUACACAUGCCAGUGUUUUCUGUAUACCCACAGUUAGGUAAUCCUCAAGUCAGAAAGGAUCUGCACAGACAAAUCCAGCCAAGACAAAAACUCACUGAUGAUGUUGCUUACAUCAUGUGGACAUCCACAAGAACAGACAUGAGACAUCGCCACUGGGUACCAAAUCGGAAAAAUAUCCGCCCGGUCCCCCCUUCCCCUAACCCUAACCCUAGCCCUAACCCCAGCCAUAAUCCCAACUCUAACCCUAACCCUAACCCUAACCCUAACCCUAAACCCUCAACCCUAACUAAAAAUAAUAAUGGAGGGGACCGGGCGAAUAUUAUACCACCAAAUCAUUUCGAACCCUUCCUCUGUGAAGACUUCAGACGGAAAUAA